UUAGCUUUGACUGAAGAAAGAAGCCUCUAACCCCCCUCUUCCACCUUUCGGCGCUCUCUCUCUCUCUUUUUCUCCUCAUUCUCUUCGUCGUCUUUGUCUCCGUCUUCUUCUUCUCCUUCUCUUUCUAUUUGUUCUCCACGCAUUGUCUUUUUUUUCUCUUUCUCUUUCCCUUUCCAUCUCCAUCUUUCUUUCUCUCUCUCUCUCUCUCUCUCUCUCCCCCUGAAUUUAUAUAUAUAUAUAUGCACUCCAAUUAUAUAUUUAUAUUAAACAACAGGAAUUACAAUAAACUGUUAUUUCCACACUGAGCAACUAUCCAGGAAACAGCUAAAUCUGCCUCCAAAUAUAUUCACUCCGUACCUCACUGGACACUUGGUUAUUUAUCAGACAGAUCAACUAAGCCACAUUAUGAGCGGAAGUCAGAGAAGAAAGUCAAAGACUUCUACGAUAUUUCUGGAGCUUGAUUUGGGCAUCUUCUAUGCUGUCUAGUGUUGUAGCAAAUAUGGGCUUACUCUGCAGCAGACAUCAUCACUAUAAUGACACAGAUGCUGAAGAGAAUGCACAGGCUGUAGAAAUUGAAAGGCGAAUUGAACAAGAAACAAAGGCUGAAAAGCAUAUUCAGAAACUUCUACUGCUUGGUGCUGGAGAAUCUGGGAAAUCCACCAUUUUUAAGCAGAUAAAACUUCUGUUUCAAACUGGCUUUGAUGAGGCUGAGCUCAGGAGCUAUAUCCCAGUCAUCCAUGCCAAUGUUUAUCAGACUCUAAAAAUAUUGCAUGAUGGCUCAAAGGAGUUUGCUCAGAAUGAAACAGAUUCUUCGAAAUAUGAAAUAUCCAGUGAAAAUAAGGAAAUUGGGGAGAAACUAUCAGAAAUUGGUAGCAGAGUAACUCCAUCAGCUUCAUGGUGUAUUUGGAUAUUUCAGGAGGAUGUUCUCUAUGCAAGAGUUCGUACAACUGGUGUCGUAGAAAUCCAGUUCAGCCCUGUUGGCGAGAAUAAAAAAAGUGGUGAGGUCUACAGACUCUUUGAUGUUGGAGGCCAGAGAAAUGAAAGGAGGAAAUGGAUCCAUCUGUUUGAAGGUGUAACAGCUGUAAUUUUUUGCGCUGCUAUUAGCGAGUAUGAUCAAAUAAUCUUUGAGGAUGAACAUAAGAACCGAAUGAUGGAGACAAAGGAACUCUUUGACUGGGUCCUGAAGCAGCCAUGUUUUGAGAAGACAUCCUUCAUGCUGUUUCUUAACAAGUUUGAUAUCUUUGAAAAGAAGGUUCUAAAAGUGCCACUAAGUGUAUGUGACUGGUUCAAAGAUUACCAGCCAGUUUCAACAGGAAAACAGGAGAUUGAGCAUGCAUAUGAAUUUGUGAAGAAGAAAUUUGAGGAGUUGUAUUUUCAAAGCACCACCCCAGAUCGAGUAGACAGGGUGUUCAAGAUAUAUCGAACCACAGCCCUUGAUCAGAAGCUCGUAAAAAAGACUUUCAAGCUCGUAGAUGAAACUUUGAGGCGGAGAAACCUUUUCGAGGCUGGCUUAUUAUGAUGAGGAGAGAAAAAUGGUUUCUUUCCAAGAAUGUUGAUAGUUGGAAAACUUAAAACUUAUGGUGAGAUUUUGGGAGUUACAAGAGUUGGACGGAAUCAGCCCAUGAAUAUCACAUUUUCUCAGCCUUAAAAAAGUUUUGGAAUUUGAAUUUCUUUAUCACACGAUUAAGAGAGAAGAACUUUCACGCAUUAUUUUAGGGACUGGUGUUUUGUAGUAUUUAUUUUGUUAUUUUUUUCUUUUAUCUUUUUUUUUUUCUAAAUUUGGAGACUGAAAGGAAGAACAUAUUCUUUCAAUUAUGAUACAAAGUCAAUGCUGUAACUAUAUCUGUGGGAGAAUCAGAGUUGUAUCGGCUUACGGGUCCAAUCUGGAGAACCCAACCGGUCAAAUUUAACUCCUGGAUAGCAUCAGUAUAAUCUAAUGCUGUAUAUUACAAUAAAAUAAAAUGCUUGAAUAGAACGAGUACAAGUA